GCCUCGUGAAUAUCCCACACUCGCUCUAGAUGGGCACGGAUAGCGCGAAGGGGGGGCAGUGUAGUUUCCGCACCUCCGUGUUCUUUUGUCGACGGGCUGGUUUGACCAUUGUAGAAGUUGGAAGGUAGUACCGUUGAUAUUUGCUUCUUAAAUUCUGCGGCGAACAAUGCCCGGAAAAGCAGCGGUGGCUGUCGCGCUACAGCCCGACACAAGCGUCGAGCCAGCAGCUAAGCAGAAGUCUUUCCCGUUUGUUCUAAAGAAGAUUAUGGACAUCCCACCUCCUAACAUUCUGGAGGAAUGCGACGACGCAGAACUCGAGAAGGAGAAGCUCGGCUCAGCUGACGAUGUGGAGGGGGGCGGGGUUGCUGCAGCCAGUGCUGGUGGGGCUUCGAGGGGAGGCAGUGGGGGCAGCGCCGGAGGGGUGUCAGCCUCCUUGACCCCAGCUAUUUGGGAGAAGACCAUCCCCUACGAUGGGGAAACCUUCCAUCUGGAGUACAUGGACCUGGACGAGUUCCUUCUGGAGAACGGCAUCCCGGCCAGCCUGGAGGAUGAGGAGCUGCAGAAGACCCUGACACCGGCGGGAGGGAAAGGGAAGAGCACCCUGAAGGUUGCCGCCGCAGCCAGCGCAACGACAACGACGGCAUCACCGUCUCCUCCGCCUGUUCCCGACACUUCGACGGGAAGCCCGGAACCAGAGGAAGCGCUGACUGUCACUACGCUACUCCCUGCCAAAUUAGAGGACGAUGACGACGACGAUGAAGAUGAGGAUCAAGAAGAUGAGGCUUUGCUCCCUGAGGCAAAAGUUGCAGAAGUGAAAGAAAGCAAUCCUGGUACUGGAGAACGUAACACACCAUCUCCAAUCAACCCGGACGACAUCGAGGUGGAUGUAAACUUCCAGCCAGAUCCCACAGACCUGGUCCUUUCCAGUGUGCCGGGGGGAGAACUGUUUAACCCUCGUAAACACAAAUUCUCCGAUGAAGAGCUCAAGCCGCAGCCCAUGAUCAAGAAGGCCAAGAAAGUCUUUGUUCCUAAUGAACAGAAGGAUGAUAAAUAUUGGUCCAGGAGGAAGAAGAACAACCUCGCCGCCAAACGUUCCCGCGACGCUCGGCGCCUCAAGGAGAACCAGAUCACGGUGCGCGCUUCCUUCCUGGAGCGGGAGAACGCAGCGCUGCGACAGCAAGUGGCCGAGUUGCGAAAAGACUGCGGUCGCUGCAAGGCAACCUUGGCCCGUUACGAGGCCAAGUACGGUCCGCUGUAAAGACCUGGUAACACUCCACCAAGAAUCAAUUCGACAAAAGCAGAACUUCCUUCCCCGCAGAAUUCAACACAGACACAAACACACAAGGGAAAUCAAAAUUUGCACUCUUGCUGACCUCCGGUCACUGUGUCGAACUCCGGUCGCGGGGCUGAACCUGGCGCUGGAGUGGCAGAUACACACCGGAGGACUGACUGGGAGCACUGGUCACGGGAAGGUCUGUGGAGAGCGCCUGGCUCCUUCACCGAGAGGAAGGCGACGACACUCCCACGGACAGAGACGCGCGCAAAAUACAGUCGGUCUCGAUACUUUCACAGAAGUCAGGAAAUAUGAAAACAGCAGACAGAUAACACGUAGACACUAAUCUUUUUUUGAAAUCACUGCAUCGCGCUCCUUGUAGUGGACCAAAGUGUGACUGCCAUCAAUUGUGUAUUUAGAAUGGUGCCCACUUCCCUUUCCUUGUGUCGCGCGUACAUUUGUGUCUAAUUCCUUUUAAUUCUCAAAAAGGAUGUGGAGACAGGAAAAAGAGUGGAGUACAAAUCGGGUACUUGGACCUGGAAGGAGCUGAAGCGAUUACCUCAGGUGGUGGAAGAGCGACCGCUGAGAAUCUGUUUAGUUCUUCUGUCAAGUAACACACACACCUACACACACUAUAUGUAUAGUCAUCUCCAGUGUGUAAUCCUUUUUGCACUUUUUCUUCAAAGACUGUCGUGGUUGCGGGUACCUUAUUAUCACUGUGGGAGGGACGGUAGCUUAAUAGAACACAUGCAUGAAGUCCUCGUACUAAUCUCAGAACAGUUUCGGGAAAGAUUAACUCAUUAGCUGCCAUUGACGGGGAUAGACGUCCGAUCCAUUUGAAGUGGGAGGGUGGCAGCGAAUGUUCGUUCAUUCGCUGCCACCCUCCCACUUCAAAUGGAUCGGACGUCUCCUAGCCAUAAACUCAUGUCAAUUAAUAUAAUUAGAAACCGCAUAAUUGGACGUCUAUUACCGUCAAUGGCAGUGAAAGUCAAAAUUAGGGCCUUUGAGUCGUUUUAAUAAUAACAAGUACAGAGUUUGCUUUUUAAAUUCAGGUUCGAAGGUAUCGCUGGCCCUCCUUUUUGUGGAGGGGUAAGUGUGUUAGGAUGUUUAUUUUACUACACUCUGCAUGUAGAGGGCGCUCACAGCCCUCGCCUGCCCUUCGGUAGUGUAGCGAUGGCUGGAUUGUUCUCGGAAAAUAAUUAGCCGUCCCCUAGGCGACUCCUUUUAAAGCCUGUAAAUAAAUGAUCAUUUUCGAGGUCUUCUUAUCCUAAAACAGGGAUUUUUUUGACUGUGUCUUUAUUAAUCCAAUGCUAGUCCCUAUAUUUGCCAAAUAGUCAAUGAGUGCUGUAUUUAUUCUGAUGGUAAUAAUGCAUCUGUUGAUUGUAAUGUACGAGAAUAUGUCAGAUUCUUUAUAUCCCUUUGAGGAAAACUCUUUGAAUGAAACCAAUGACUAAGCAGGGACUCUAAAAGGGUUAACUGUGUUUGUUUCACACAAAAAAAGAUUUAUAUAGUUCUAAGGGGUUAUUUGUCUCUAUUCAAUAUAUUAUAUACACACAUAUAGAUAUUGUGAGUGUGUCUAACACACAAAAGGCAGGGUACGUGCUUAGUUACCUCAUCCAACAAUUCUUGCUUUCAAAAAGAAUGAAUCAAGCGAUGGUUGAAUUUAGGCCUGGGCGAUAAAUCGAUUUUAUGAAUUUUAAGGUUUGUUUUUUGUUUUUUAAUUUUUGUAAAAACCAAGGGAGGACUGGCAUACGGGGAUACCGGGGAUAUCCCCUGUGGGGCCGUAGUCAAUUGAGCGGACCUUAAAAUUAGCGCACCCGGGUAAUUGAGCGGACCUUAAAAUUAGCGCACCCGGGUAAUACAAGCAUCACGGUCAGUGUUGUUAAUCGUACUUUAAAAAAGUAAUUAAUUACAGUUACAAAUGACUUCUCCCAAAAAGUAAUUGAGUUAGUAACUCGGUUACCUGAAUUUAAAAGUAAUUAGGUACUUGAUAAAGCAACUGGUGUUACUUUUCUUUUUUUUUUUUUUUUU